GUUGCUGUCCUUCCCAGUCCGUUCCUCGCUUUCUCCCUCAUUGCACUCAAGGUUCUUGGUCUGAAAAAAAUAAAAAUUCUCGCGCCGAAUGGUCAACCAGCCUAGUUCAGCUCGUCGCCACCUGCUCCCUCCUCCUUUGAUGGCGAAGCCAGGUUACUGAGGCAAUACAGCUCCCUCUAGCCAAUCUAGGGCCGUGUAGUGCCCGUCCACCUUUCUGAUGGUGUCUGCCUCCGCGCACAAAAAUGAGAUGGGCAUCACUGCCUACGCCGACGGCCAGAAAGGCCCGCCAAUCUACAUUUUCCCGCCUGACCCCAUCAGUGCCGACCCAACUCCACCACCACACGCACGCCUCGCGGCGGAUGCGCAGCAGCAAGAAGGUUUCGGUCAUCCCUUGAGGGCGGCAUGUUCUUACGAUUUCCCUGGCACGUUACUCUGCCGGUCCACCUGCCUCUGUCAACCCUCUUCAUGCAUCUGGAGAGCCUGUCUACUUAAUAGGAUGGCCGCUUCGCAUCUCAGCUCGAGCGAACAGGAUGGUUUGCUGGCGGCUGCUCAGGCCUGCGCCACGUUCUCCCUGCUGGGCUCCCUCUUCAUCAUUUUUUGCUACGCCAGAUAUAGACACCUGCGGAAGCUGAGCUUCACCUUGGUCCUCUUCCUCGCGAUCAGCGAUGUCGGCGCCGACAUCACAUAUUUCAUGGGCAACCCCGAGGACAACAGGGCGACCUGCGUGGCCCAGGGGGCCCUCCAGCAAUUUUUCCAGAUGGCUCAAAUUCUGUGGGCAGUGGCGAUAGCCUGUGUGCUGCGCGACGUGACGGUGAACCUGCGCAUGUACCACCCACACGAGCAAAGCGCCCUCAUGCGCCGCUUCCACGUCGCCGUGUGGGGCUCCGCCCUCUUGAGCACGCUGCUCCCGUUCACCACCGACAGCUACGGCUCUACAGGGUCGUGGUGCUGGAUCGAGACGAACCCGGGGUCGGAUGUCGACGUUGGCACGAUGUGGAGAUACCUCGUGCUGUACUGUCCUCUUUGGGCGGGUGAGUCGGUGUGGUCGCGGCAGAGCCCGUGUGGGGAGAGGCGGCAGAAGGAAGGAUGGCGAUGAGGCAUUCGACUGCGGGCGAAGGGGGGAAGAGCGGACGGCAGGUCAAGCUCGCUGACUGAUGAGAGUAGGAACGAGGGGGAGAUCCGUUAAUAAGAGAAAAUGGGGCAUGGACCAAACGAUUGGACGGUUGAGCUGCUCGUCAGUCUUGUGUGGCCUCCAAAGUGGAACAGCAGUUUUCACGCUGGUGUUGACCCCAGGCUGACCCUGACUGCACAAGUCGCCCUUUUUGGGCAGCUCAGAAAAACUUGAAGCACCUUUUACACGUUUGGCUUUCACCACCCUCAUCGUAGCCUCGUUUCGUAUUUGUUCCUGCCACUGAUCACAACCGAUAUUUCCCGUCUGUACCUUGGGGAAUGCAGACGCCA